AUGGCGCCGGGCUCCAAAAAGAAGAAGAACCAGGGCGUUACGGGGAUCGAUCCGAACGCUCGCUCGGUGCCACGCCGCCGUCCCCUGACGCGCGGCUCCAAGAAGAGGAGGGAGAAGGGCGCCGUGAAGGGGACCGACCCGACGGCCAGCCUCCCCGACGACAUCCUCGCGGAGAUCAUCUCGCGCGUCGUGCCCUCCGACUCCGUCUGCAGCUGCAAGUGCGUCUGCACGCGCUGGCGCGACCUCCCGGACCACCGCAGCAGGAUGCCGCAGCCCCUCGCCGGCUUCUUCCACAAAGGCACUAGCGUUAACCCCAACAGGAAUCGUCACUUCACCAACGUCUCGCGGAGAGGCGACCCGAUCGUCGACGUCGCCUUCCCGUUCCUGCCAAGGUUCGACACCCUCGACUUCUUGGACUGCUGCAACGGCCUCCUCCUCUGCCGCUGCCAGAGAUGGAUGCCCGCCCAACGCGAGAUCCUCCUUUACUACGUGGUGUGCAAUCCGGCCACCCAGAAAUGGGUCGACGUGCCUGCCACCAAAUGGACCGACAACCGUCUGAGGAGAACAUCGCGGAUAAUUGUCUCAGAUACAGAGGAGGCCGUUGUCUCGGACACAGACGAUGAUGUCUGGGAGAAGGAGCAGGACGUUUAUGAUAGGCACGUCGUCAAACAGUUGGCGACCUACUCGUCGAAAGCUGGAACUUGGACGUGCCGAAGCGUCGCCGGGCACAAGUCGUUCGCGAUAGGCCGCUCAAGAAGUGCUUUCUUAGACGGGGUCCUUUAUUUGGCUGCGUUCCGACAUACGGUACUGGCCGUCGAUGUGGAAGGAGAUGACUGGCAGCUCAUCCGCAAUCCCGAGCCACAGCACCAUCCUGAGGCGCAUUCCUACAAUGUGUUUCCAUCGCAGGGGCGCCUAUAUCUUGCGCAGGGCAAUGCUGGCUGUCUUGGUUCUGAGCUAUCGGUCUGGGUUCUCGAGGAUCGCAGUGCCGGAGAAUGGACCUUGAAGCACAAUGUCAGCAACGAUCAACUCUUCCGAGCACAUGGCACACUUGAUGAAGAUGAUUACACGGUUAUCUCGUUCCAUCCAGAGCGGAAUUCGAGCUUCACAAUUAUCAAUGUCUCUGAUGAUAUUGAACUUAAAUAUUGA